CCUCCUACCUUUUGAGUUCGCCAAACGCCAACAGUCAAACAACAUGGGAGAGCCGUUGCUCAACGCCGCACAACAUGAUGACCAUGAAUUUUUGACCUUGAACCCCAACUCCCUCAUAGUGGCCUUUGGGCCGGGCCCCUGGCCUAACAUCCCACCGAAGAUCCACCCUCCUCCUUUGGAUUCAAACGAGCAGCUGUUGAGGGAUCUAGAAGAAGCGGUGCCAAAAGAAAGAGGCGAACAAUACACCAUACGUCCCGAGCCAGUUCGAUCCGGCCCUUACGAUCCCUUCUUCAUCCCCGACUCCAUCCUCCUACAUGGCCCGGUCUCUCCACAGACAAAGAGCGCAUUCCUCCAGCUUCCGCCCGAGCUCCUCACCCUCAUCCUAAAAAAGGUCAAAAUCCCUUACUUCCAGGUAUCCCUCGCCCUGACCUGCAAGACCAUGGCACGCAUCGCGGCCCAGAAAGACGUCCUCUCGCCCUGGCGCGGCUACCGCGACAAGGACGGCCUCUUCCGCCUGCUCGAACGGAAGAAUAACUACAUACCGCCGCAUCUGAGACUAUGUCGCGGGUGUUUUCGGUUCUUGCCCCGGAAUGGAGGCGAGUAUUGGGACAAGCAGAUGACCGCUCCGAUCUUCGAUAGGACGACCGUCAACUGGUACGACCUUUUGAUGUGGUUCCAAUCAGACACGGGCUACGGGCAUCGGUGUCCCCAGUGUUGUGUGUUGAAAUUUGCGGCUUACGCGAGCGAGGGGACUUAUCAAAAGCAGAGGGCGAAAGAGACGCUCUCGGAGUACGAACGCACGUGUCCCGACCUGCACAGGAGGAUCGAUAGACCUUGACUCUGGGCCAACCUCCCACAUGAAACCGCUUGUCAUUUGCAGAAGCCCGCCGGCAUUGAAUGGCGGGACAAAGCACCAAAUCAAAAAGUCUACAUGUCACCUCUCCCAACAAGAGCACGGAUCAAGCUCUUCACUGGGGCAAACCGACUUUGGAGAUAGGGUAGAAAGGAAUCUAACCAAUUUAACAAAAUCAUCAAGACGGCAACAACCCCCAAAUCCCUCAGCUUUUUGAGUCCUGCGUCUUCCGUACAAACCACGCGACUCUUUCGAAGGACACACCGAGCCGCGCCAACAUCCAACUAUCAAAGCUAUGACAGAUCUCGGUGGAAGAAAUGCCAGGGUGGGGGCUAGAUUCAACGACCAUUCCACGACAGCUGCCUUUGGGGAGAACAAGGAAUAUCAAGGAAAGCAAAGGGGGGACGCGACAAGUCGGCACAAAACCACGGGGCAGAGGGAUACUCAAGGAAAGAAGUCCACGCAACAGUGUCCAAUGGUAUUGGAUAUCAAGCAGAAUUUAAAAAGUGGUAGCUCGUCCUCAUUUCAGGAUGUCCGCAACGUGCUGAAGUUGCGCUCAUAUACUCAUUCGGUCGUAAACUUCGUAACGCACGCUCCCUUCUUCUCCCUCGCAAGAGAAGCUGGGAUAUCGUGAGCUCGAAAAGGCCGCAGGGUGGACCAAAAACUACUUAGUCGUCGC